UUUUUUUUAUCCUCACUUAAUUCCCUCAAGCUUUUUUUUACACACCAUUUUUUUUUACUUUUACACGAUAAAAUCUACCGUUUAAUGGGUUGUGUUACUUCUUACCUUGGUUCCUCUUCUUCAGAAAGACUUUCUCCAACUUCUGAAAUACAUACUAAAAGUUUAACUUCCCUUCCUACAACAACUAUACCAACAAAUGUUUCGACUUCCGAUAUAGCUUCAAAUACAAAAGCCCGGUUUGGUACUUGUGUGAAUUGUUCUUCUCCAUACAUUUCGUAUAAUUGGUGCCGUAAUUGUGCUUUUCCCGGUAAAGAGAAAUGGACUACGGGUAAUACGGCAUUGGAUAAUUUCAUCAUUUAUACUCAAGAAAUAUCCCCGGAUUAUGAAACAUAUUUAGAAUGGAUUCCAUAUGAAAAAUUUACCGAUAUAAAAGAAAUUAGCAAAGGAGGUUUUUCUACAAUAUAUGAAGCUAUCUGGACAGAAGGUCCCAAAAGAAAUUUUGAUACUUCCAAUAGACAAUGGUGUAGAAUAGGAAAUAUAAAAGUUAUUAUGAAAUCAUUACAUGAUUCUCAACAAAUUACUGAAGAUUUCUUAAAUGAGAUUAAAAAAUAUUAUCAUUGUAAAAAUCGGGAAAAUUUAAUCGGAUAUUAUGGUAUUUCACAAAAUCCAAAAACAAAAGAAUAUAUUUUAGUAACACAAUUUGCAAUUAAUUUAGAUAUACGUACAUUCAUUUUUACAAAAUGUUCAAAUAUUAAUAAUUCAUUAACAUGGAAUGAUAAAAUAAAUAUACUUAAAUCCAUAGCGGAAAUAAUCAAAUCAUUACAUAAUGAAAAAACUCCACAAGGUGGAAAAUUAUUUCAUGGUAAUUUGCAUCCUGGUAAUUUAUUAAUAAAUAUAAACCAACUAAGUGUUUUAGAAGAAUCAAUUUUAUUAGAUUUAGUAAGUUGUUGGAAACCACCCACUACUUUAAGUUCCGUUCAACAACAAUUAAAAAAGUCACCAUCAUCAUCAUCAUCAAAUAAUUAUUAUAAUAAUAAUAAUUUUUUAUUAUAUGGUGUAUUACCUUAUAUUGCUCCAGAAAUUUUAAGAGGUGAAAAAAAAUCUCAGUCAAGUGAUAUAUAUAAUUUUGGUAUGAUAAUGUGGGAAUUAUCAACACUUUCUUUACCAUUUUUUGAUAGAGCUCAUAAUUUAGAAUUGGCUAUAGAAAUUUGCGAAGGAGUACGCCCUGACCCUUUGCCUACAACUCCCGAAUUUUAUUUUGAUUUAAUGGAAAGAUGUUGGGAUGACGAUCCUUCAUUAAGACCAAAUGCGGCUGAAAUUAUUCGUAUAUUAGAUAUGAAUCAAUUAUAUUUAAAAUAUAGUGAACAAACAAUGAAAGUUGUUGAACAUCAAGAACAUUCUACAACGAAAACAAAAUUAUCAAAAAUUACCAAAAAUGUUAUUAAAAAUACUUCAUUUAUAAAUACUGGUGGUUUAAGAGAUGUUAUGAGAAAAAAAUUUAAAAAAGAUGAUUUUCAUAAAAAUAUUCAUUCUGAAGCUUAUUAUACUAGUAGAAUAUUUGAUUUUUCUCUUAAUAGAUUAUCAGUUUCUUCUAAUUCCAAUAAUUCUUUUAUGGCCGGUACUUCUGAUGAUUUUGGUGAAGAAACAGGACAAUCUAGUCUUGCAAUUUCUGAAAUGGGUUUAGAUGAUGUAAUUGAAAUUUCUGCUAUAGAUUAUACUCUAUCCAAAGAUUCUAAAGGAAAGAAAAAAGCUUAAAUAUAAUAAUCAAUACAUUAAUUUAUCUACCGCUCAAAAAAAAGAACAUUUUACACAUUCAUAUAUAUAUAUAUAUUCUCAAGUUGUAU